CUGAAUUGGUGCUUGGGAGGGGCGACAAAGCACGCAGUGCUUAAUGCUGUACGACAGUACUGUACAGAGGUGAAUCAGCCAUUGAAAACGAAAUAGCCGGCAUAGCUACAUAAAGACAAACAAUAUUAAUUUGGAUUACACACUACAGCGCGUACGAUCAUAGUUGGUUAGCUGAUGGAAACGGACAUCUUUAGAAAUGUGCGCAAAAGUCUUUGGCGCUUUGAAAAGCCUGUUUGGGAAGCCCUUUGAUGGUGGGAAGAGGAUGGACAAUGGCAGCCAGCAGCAGCACCCAGCCAUGAAUAGGCUCUAUGAGGUCCAGCGCGAGGUUCAGUCUCUGGGCCCUCAAGUGUGCACCUUCAGCGGGCUAAAGAACGAGCGGGAGUACCGGCGGCUGGAGCGCGAGCUGACCCAGCUGCUCCUGGAAGUGGACCAGGUGGACACGGAGGGCAGGGCAGAUCUACAGGGGGCACGCAAGAGAGCAGCCCAAGAAGUAGAGGGGCUGUUGCGCUACCUGGAAGAGAACGCCACCCACCCGUCCCGCCUGGCCAUCGAGGAGCUGAGCAGGGAGGCCCAGAGGCUGGUGGAGCAGGGUGUGGUGGAGCCUCAGCAGGCUGGGGGCACAGCAGAGAUCAGUGAUGAGCUGGUGGAUGCCGUGCAGGAGCUGAUACUGAGGCUCACCCAGGUAAAGACAGGAGGGAGGGUGCCCCUCCGCAAGGCUCGCUACCGGGCCCUGACACGACUGUGUGCCGUGCAGGACGUGAUCGAGGGUCGCACGCGCCAGCAGACCCUUCCCCUUUCGGAAGACACACAUGUGGCCGUGCAGAGGAUCAACCAGGUGAUGGUGCAGGUGAGUGGGGCACGCAGCCAGCUGGUGGCACUGCUGAUGGGGCUGAGUGGGAGGGAUAGCUGUGCCCACCUCUCCCGUGUGCUCACUGAGCUCCUAGUGGAGCUGGAUGCCCUGGACGUGUCGGGGAACGCAGCGGUCAGAAACUACCGGAAACAGGUGGUGGAGGAGAUCAACAGCCUGCUCAAACACCUGGACCUGGAGGGAGAGGGAGACGAUACGCGCAGGUAUGACUUGGGGCAAAAUGACUCUAUCCGUCAGAUUGAGGCGGUGCGUGGUCGGGUGGGCCAGCUGCAGGGGGAGGUCCUUCGACACUGUGGGGUGGGUGACCUCUUCAGGCCCAAGCCUGAGCUCCAGAGUCUCCUCACACAUCUGGACCAGGUAGACACAGCCCGUAACCCCUGUAUCCGUGAAGCCCGGCGGCGUGCCGUGCUGGAGGUCCAGGCUGUCAUCACCUUCCUGGACCUCCGUGAGGCCCUGAUCUGCCGCCAGCCCAGCCCCAACGAGCCCUCACAACACAGGGCUGUGUGGAUAGUCCUGGGCAGCCUGUCAGACCUCCAGGCCCAGGUACUCUGCUUCAAUGGCAAGCAGACCGACAAGAGCUACAGGCUGCUGGAGGAGCUUCUGACCAAACAGCUGCUGGCUCUGGAUGCAGUUGACCCACAGGGCGAUGAGAUGACCAAGGUGGCCCGCAAGCAAGCAGUCAAGUUUGCCCAGAACAUCCUCAGCUUUCUGGACAUGAAGACAGAUGAGUGGGAAUACUGAUCCACUGGAAAAGACUGGACGUAGCUGUAGGAUGCCCUAUGGAAUUGUAUAUAAACUGGUGCAUCAUCACUCUAAGAGAGUUGGGGUGUGUAAAUAUAGUCUAAAUCCCAGAAUGCACGGAAGCAGCGCUUUUCUCUCUUUGUCAUUGUUGCUGGCCUGUGGGGGGUGGGGGGAACAACCCAAUAACAUUUUUGUGAAAUAGAAUUUGGAGAAUAGUGUUCUGACAUACAAUGUGCUUUUUAAGGUUUACAGAGCAUCUUUUUGAAAUCUACUGUAUGUGUGUGCGUUUUGAUCAGUGUUGUUGUUGGGUUGUGGUUGCAAAGCCUGUGGCCAAAAGCACUGAAGCCUGUUAUAGUGGUGGUCAGAGUAGUUAAGAUAGUCACUUCGUCUGUUUUUCAAAUGCAGGAGUGGGACUAGAGUAAUUACAUCUCGAUGGUAUCCAUGUUUAGCUUGAUUACUUUGGAGGUCAGUUGUAAAUUUACUCAGCCAAAUGAUGUACAUGAUGUCUCAAAAUACUUCUUUACUGAGAUGAACCGAGUUUACAUCAGUACUGUGAGACAAGAUCUUCCUCUGUUCAUGUUGCUUCUCCACUUCCAUUUGCUCUGUGUCUCUUCCUGGUAAUGCUUUAAUCAACACUUCUGGGGCAAACUACCCUAACCCUGGACGUACACAACUGUUUCUGGUAACCAUUCAGAUUACAAAUGAAAAGGGAGAGAUUCUUUACGGCUUUAACCACUGUCCUACAAUAAUGAGAAGAAGGAUGUAGAGUUAAAGGGCCUGUGAAAACAUUUGUCAAUAGGAUGGUAUGUUAUUAAAGACCUUGUAUAGAAUGAACAUUUGUGGACACUAUAAUUGCCCUGUUUGUAAUUUGUAGCUGAAUGUUGAAUGUGUGUUUGCGAGGCUAGUGAAGGGGGAAAACAGUGUGAAGGUGGUUUAGGUUUCAUUUUUGUCUGUGACUUUCUAUUGUCAGAGGAAUGUGUCUGAGAGCCCCGUAGAGGGUCACUGAUUUGGUGUUGCGUGUAUUAUUAUAGCUGGUGACAGUGUUCACAGUGGACAGAGCAGUCUAAAACCUCUGCAGAGUUGCAGCAGAGUUAGGAAGCUAUUAGUUAAAAAGCCCAAAUCUGUGCCUUUCUUUUCAUCAUAUUUUUCACCAUCCCGAGCACUUACACUCUGAGAUGUGCACUUUUUACUGAUUCUCAGCGCUGCACCUGACAGCACUUUGUAAGCUGACCAUGGAAUGUCUGGCAGAUAGUGCAUAGGGCUAACAAAGCUUGAACAGUCCUCGGAUAGCCCCCACAGAACUCGCACACUCUCAAAAUGAUAGAGGUUAUUCAAACCUUCUCUGCUGCUAUAGAAAAACACAUGGCAUACAAACAGGGAAAUCCAGCAUCACAAUCAUGGGUCAUCUGAAGUGAGAUUAUUCGAUUACACUUGUGUUCAGUGUGGCCCUCAUGCAAUGGAGGGGUGUUCACACAGCAAGCGUAAUGCUCUCUCAAACUAACCAAUACAAAAUAAGGUACCAUUCUGUCAAUUUUUGUUGAUUUGAAGUAAUGUUCUUUGCCAAUAACCAUACAAUAUCUUUCCUUCCUAGGCAUAUACAGUGCAUUCGGAAAGUAUUCAGACCCUUGACUUUUUCAGCCUUAUUCUAAAAAGGAUUACAUUGUUUUUUUCAUCGUCAAUCUACACACAAGACCCCAUAAUGACAAAGCAAAAACAGGUUUUUAGACGGUUUUGCAAAUGUAUAUAAAAGUAUUCAGACCCUUUAUUUACAUUUACAUUUAAGUCAUUUAGCAGACGCUCUUAUCCAGAGCGACUUACAAAUUGGUGCAUUCACCUUAUGACAUCCAGUAGAACAGUCACUUUACAAAAGUACUCAGUACUUUGAAGUACUUUUGGCAGCCAUUACAGCCAUGAUUCUUCUUCGGUAUGAUGCUACAAGCUUGGCACACCUGUAUUUGGGGAGUUUCUACCAUCCGUCUCUGCAGAUCCUCUCAAGCUCUGUCAGUUUGGAUGGAGAGCGUCGCUGCACAUCUCUUUUCAGGUCUCCAGAGAUGUUCGAUUGGGUUCAAAUCCGGGCUCUGGCUGGGCCACUCAAGGACAUUGAGGUGUGUCCUUAAGCCACUCCUGCAUUGUCUUGGCUGUGUGCUUCGGGUCAUUGUUCUGUUGGAAGGUGAACCUUUGUCCCAGUCGAAGGUCCUGAGGAGGUUUUCAUCAAGGGUCUCUCUCUACUUAGCUCCGUUCAUCUUUCCCUCGAUCCUGACUAGUCCCAGUCCCUGAAAAACAUCCACACAGCAUGAUGAUGCUGCCACCACCAUGCUUCACUGUAGGGAUGGUGCCAGGUUUCCUCCAGACGUGACACUUGGCUUUCAGGCCAAAGAGUUCAAUCUUGGUUUCAUCAGACCAGAGAUUCUUGUUUCUCAUGGUCUGAGUCCUUUUGGUGCCUUUUGGCAAACUCCAAGUGAGCUGUCAUGUGCCUUUUACUGGGUGGCUUCUGUCUGGCCACUCCACCAUAAAGGCCUAAUUACUUCUGGAGUGCUGCAGAGAUGGUUGUCCUUCUGGAGAGUUCUCCCAUCUCCACAGAAGUACUAUGGAGCUCUGUCAGAGUGACCAUCGGGUUCUUGGUCACCCCUGACCAAGGCCCUUCUUCCAUGAUUGCUCAGUUUGGCCGGGCGGCCAGAUCUAGGAAGAGUCUUGGUGGUUCCCAAUGUCUUCCAUUUAAGAAUUAUGGGGACCUUCAAUGCUGCAGAAUUUUUUUGGUACACCUCACCAGAUCUGUGCCUCGACACAAUCAUGUCUCGGAACUCUACGGACAAUUCCUUUGACCUCAUGGCUUGGUUUUUGCUCUGACUUGCACUGUCAACUGUGGGACAUUUUUAUAUAGACAUGUGUGCCUUUCCAAAUAAUGCCCAAUCAAUUUAAUUUAACACAGGUGGUCUCCAAGUUGUAGAAACAUCUCAAGGAUGAUCAAUGGAAAUAGGAUGCACCUGAGCUCAAUUUCAAGUCUCAUAGCAAAGGGUCUAAAUACAGACGUAAAUAAGGUAUUUCUGUUUUUAUAUAUAUUUAUAUAUUUGAAAACAUGUCUAAACCUAUUCACUUCUUCAUUGUGGUGUGUUGUGUGUAGAUUGAGGAAAAAAUAUAAUUAAUACAUUUUAGAAUAAGGCUAACAACAAAAUGUGGAAAAGGGUAAGGGGUCUGAAUACUUUCCGAAUGCACUGUACAUCGUGGUGAAUUUACUAAGAUAUCUAUAGUAUCUUCAGUAUAUUAUUGUUUGUUGCUCUAUCAAUGCGGUCUGUUGUGUUGGAUGGGAAACCCCUGUGUGAAGGGGUCAUUUGUCAGCCAAACCCCUUUUUAAGAGUAGAAGGCCAGAUCAUAGGCUAACACUAUCUGUUCUAAUUCUAGUCCUCUUUCUCUGUGUAGCGGACAUGAGUCAGUCAUGGUUGCUCAUGGUAACGUGAUGAGGUAGCCUUGCCUGCAACUUCAUUAUCAGUGUCAGCUGUCGGGCCCAACUUUGCAAAAAUAGAACAGUGCUCUUAUCUGAAAGUAGUGCUUUCUAUCUGAACUAUAUAUGCAUCAGUUACAUCCAUGUGAACAUGACUUUGGUGUUGGUUGAGCAAACAACAAAUUACAUACAAUUUUAGGGGUAGAAUGUACAAUUUUGUCAAAAAACAAUGUUUUAUUUAUUACUUACCAAAGCUGAUUUUUUUUUUUACAUUUAUUUUUAAAUCUAUAUUUUGUUAUAUAUAGCACAUAUUUUAUCUUAGCUUUAUCUUGGCCAGGUCGCAAUUGUAAAUGAGAACUUGUUCUCAACUUGUCUACCUGGUUAAAUAAAGGUGAAAUAAAAUAAAUACAUUUUGGGUUUCUCACUGUGUGGAACAUUUUUUUUUGCCUACUUUGCAUAUGGCAGCAAUGUGUCUUAAGGUACAGUAUUAAAUGUUUUAAUUUGA